GUCUAUAGAAAGGUACUUUUUUCUCUUAACUACAUAUCUUAAUUCUCAACAUCUUCUUCUCGAGUGGCACAUCUUGAUUAUCAUUAGUGUGGGGGAGUCCCUAAGUUGUUCUUAUCUAAUGGGAGAGAAGAGGAGGAAUUUGAUUGGAGGGUUAUUCUUGGUGUUGUUGCUCUCUGGAUGUGUUUCUGGUGAUGUUGGUGUAAAUAUAUGGCCAAUGCCUAAAUCAGUGAAAUAUGGAGGAGAAACACUCGAGUUGAGUAAAGAUUUCGGACUCGAAACACCAGGGACCAAUUUCAGUGAUCAUUUGGGGAUAUUGAAAGGUGGGUUUUUGAGAUUGCUCGAUCUAGUGAAAGCGGGUCAUGCAAUUGAUGCUAGCAAGAAGACUGCAGAUGGUCCUCUUAAGGGAUUGCACAUUGUUAUUUCCUCACCAGAUGAUACGUUACAAUAUGGGAUUGAUGAGUCGUAUAAUUUGUAUAUACCUUCAAAUGGGGAUUCAGUUUAUGCACAUCUACAGGCACAAACCGUAUAUGGGGCUCUUCAUGGAUUGCAGACUUUUAGCCAAUUGUGUCAAUUCAAUUUUAUAACCAAAACAAUUGAAGUUCAACAAGCCCCAUGGAGCAUUGCUGAUGAGCCAAGGUUCUCUUAUCGAGGGCUUCUAAUUGAUACAUCUCGACAUUAUUUGCCUCUGCCUACCAUAAAGAAAGUUAUUGAUGCUAUGGCGUACACAAAAUUGAAUGUUCUACACUGGCAUAUUGUAGAUACACAAUCAUUCCCCUUAGAAAUACCUUCUUUUCCAAAACUUUGGAAUGGUGCUUAUAGUGGUGUUGAGCGGUAUACAAUGGCUGAUGCCGCAGAAAUUGUGGAUUAUGCUCGGAGACGUGGGAUUAACAUAUUGGCUGAGAUUGAUAUACCAGGGCAUGCUCUCUCAUGGGGUGUCGGCUAUCCUCAACUUUGGCCAUCUCGAACUUGUCAGCAGCCACUUGAUGUGAGUAAUGAGUUUACAUUCGAAGUAAUAGAUGGAAUUCUUUCAGAUCUCAGCAAGGUUUUCAAUUUCAAAUUUGUUCAUUUGGGAGGUGAUGAAGUUAACGGAAGUUGCUGGGAGACUACGCCUCAUAUAAAAGAUUGGUUACAUAAGCAUCAGAUGAAUGCAUCCCAAGCUUAUGAAUAUUUUGUCCUCCGAGCACAGAAGAUAGCAUUAUCCCACGGAUAUGAAAUUGUUAAUUGGGAAGAGACAUUCAGAAACUUCGGAAGCAAAUUGAACCCUAAAACAGUGGUGCACAACUGGCUAGACAGGGUAGGAGGUGGCCUUGUUCAGAAAGCGGCUGCUGAAGGGCUGAGGUGCAUUGUUAGUAACCAGGAAAACUGGUAUCUGGACCACCUGGAUGCCACAUGGACGCAGUUUUAUAUGAACGAACCAUUAACAAAUAUCACAAACCCAGAGCACCAAAAAUUAGUCCUUGGAGGCGAAGUGUGCAUGUGGGGUGAGACUAUAGAUGCGUCAGACAUAGAGCAGACCAUAUGGCCACGGGCUGCAGCAGCUGCAGAGCGGAUGUGGACACCCUUAGAUCAACUAGCAAGACAUCCAAGGAAAGUUAGAGGAAGACUCUCUCGAUUUAGAUGUUUGCUGAAUCAAAGAGGCGUUGCUGCUGCACCAUUGUCUUGGCUUGGUCGAGAUGUUCCUGCAGGGCCAGGAUCUUGUUAUAACCAGUUGUAUAGCUAUGUAGUACAGAAGAAGUAGGAUCAUUUUCUUGCAAGAGCGAAAUAUGAAAUAUCACUUCCAUGUAAUCGUUUCAUCUCCAAUUCUUGUGUGUUAGUUAUAGUCGUUUACACCUUUGGGUGUGUUUCUUUUCUGUUUCUGUUGUUGGAUGUAAUAAUAACACUCAAAGAGUGUCUCUCGAGAGCUUAUUUCUGGCUGGACAUAACACUAUUAAAAAUAGAGU